GUCAAUCAACUCAGUUAUUUUAAUACAGUGAGCUCGAAUAGAUCGCCAUGAGUUUAGCCGGCAAAGUUGUAAUUGUGACGGGAGCAAGUUCGGGCAUUGGUGCUGCGACGGCGGAGGCUUUUGCCAAGCAAGGUUCAAAAGUGGUGCUCGUAGGACGAAAUGAAACAAAUCUGAAAGCUACUGAGGCAGCCUGUAAAGCUGCCAACAGCAAAGCCGAACUUCUCUCCUUCAUUGCUGAUGUCACUGUUGAUGCGGAGCGCAUAAUAAACACGACAAUUGAAAAAUUUGGUCAGUUGAACGUGUUGGUGAAUAACGCCGGUGUCGGUGAAAGGGGUUCAAUCUUAGAUAUUGAUGUCGAUCAUUUUGAUAGGAUUUUAAAUACAAAUUUGCGGGCGGUCUUCCUUCUGACGAAAUUUGCCGCACCACAUCUCGUGAAAGCUCAAGGUAAUAUCGUGAAUGUCUCGAGCGUCGCAGGAUUGCGCUCAUUUCCAGGUGGCUUGGUCUAUUGCACUUCCAAAGCAGCACUGGAUCAAUUCACCAGGUGUAACGCCUUGGAUUUGGCACCGAUGAAUGUGCGUGUCAACGCAGUAAAUCCCGGCGUAAUUAUUACCGAUAUUCAUAGACGUUCAGGCUGGUCGGAAGCAGAAUAUGUUACAUUUUUGGAGCAUUCGAAGUCCACACAUGCGCUGGGUCGCGUCGGCGAUGCAAACGAAGUGGCCGAUGCCAUUCUUUUCUUUGCAAGUGACAGUUCGAGCUUUAUAACGGGAGCAACUCUGCCAAUCGAUGGUGGUAAACACGCAAUGUGCCCACUUUGAAUGGAAAUUAAAUGUUAAUUGUGAUGAAUAUUAAUAAUAAAUGUGUACAUGUUGUA